AUUGAAUUCUAUUUCAUAUGCAUAUUUACCAUACAAGAUCUCUAAACAGUCUUCAUGCUUGCCUAAGAAUUUAACAUCUUUACGAGUUUUGAAUCCAUUGAACCCACAAGGCCGUUUACCAAGUUGUUGAAUCGAGACUUUGUAUUCUUGAUAAUCUGCACACAAUCUGGCUACAAUAAAAUAAUCACAGUUCUUAGAUCAGUUUAGUCAUUAAUUACAUAAAUAAUAAAACAGAGAAGUAUAAACCUUGUUGUCUAGAACACUGCGAGUCUGUAAUGUUGGUUUCUGGACAACGCCCCACAAUAACUGGUUUGUGAUGUGGCAAAUGUACUGUCAGUAAGAUUUUAUCAUUGCUUUUUAAAUAACAACUUCUUGCUUCUUGAGUCAUUGUAACUUGUACAUGAAGCAACACCGGAUCUAUAAUAAAAACGAAACAGAUACAACGACAUCAGUUUACAGAAAUUUCGACGAAUCGAGAUACAUGCAAAUUUAUAAAAGGCAUUGCAGAAACAAUGUACAUACAUACCGCAUUAUAUUUGCACAAUGAUUUUUAGAUAACCGUACACUAAAAUACAGUAACGUUAUGUUUCGCAGGAAACAGUAAGAAUCUCUCAGAUUGUUUACUACUUACAUAUUUGUUGACUUUGAUAGGUAUUAAUUAGAAAUGCUCGAUUAUCUUCGUAAAAUUUCUUUAUCUUUAAUUUACCAAUCAAUUUCACCGUCUGCAAAUGCAAAUUCCUUCCGAUCAUUUUCGCAUUUGCGGUGACGGUCAGAGAAGGUUGGGACCGACGCGAACCUAACCUUACGCAACGGAUCACAGCACGUGGUGUUUUGAUAGAGGGACAGAGAAACACGUGGACUUAAUUGCAAUACAUAAUUACCCUUUAUUAAGAGAAUCGUGUCAUGGUUCAGUGACACGAGUAUCGUGUAGGUUACAACUGGAAUUGAAUUUUGGUAAAGAUGACUACGAACGAAUCCUCGGGAACGGAGAAGAACCCGUACGCAUAUCUUGACAGGGUUGAUUUCACGUCAGAGAAGUAUAAAAUUGAAAUACAUGGCCUGCCGAAGUAUUACGGAAUCGGUGAAUUCAAAAAGUUUCUGAACGAGAAGCUCGAGCUACAAACGUGCAAAGUGAAACCGCCGAAAAAAGGUGGUUGGCUCUACGUAUCCUUCAGAAACGAAGAGAAUCGUAAAAAAGCCAUAGAAAAGCUGAAUGGGAUUGCUUGGAAAAACUCGAAACUUACUGCUCGGAUAGCCAAGCCGGCUCCAGAUCCAUUUGUGAAACGAAAGUUGGAACAGGAAAGUGCGAACAAGCGUUUAAAGACAGAGGACAGCGAGCCUCUCUCGGUGGAGGAUAGAAUUAAGUCCAAUACUACACCAUUAUGGAAUAUGCCUUACCCUGAUCAAUUGGCGCUGAAGCAAAAGGAAAUGAGGUCCGUUCUGGCAAAUAUUUGUAACAAGAUGUUGAAGAAAGGUAAGGGCGAUCUUCUGGACUGGUUAAAAUAUCAGAAAGGCAAGCACCAAGGAUUGCCCUGUGAGUUACUUCCCAUUCUGAGCGCGGACAAGAUAACAGAGUACAGAAAUAAGUGUGAAUUCACAGUUGGUAGAAGCGCGAGCAGUAACGAAACCAUGAUAGGAUUCAGACUAUCCAGUUACGCGGCUGGAUCCACAGAGGUGGGACCCAUAGACGACCUGUGUCACAUUCCCAGCAGGAUGAAAGUCGUGAUCAAAGUACUGGAAGAGUUCAUGCGGAACUCGGAUCUGAAGCCCUUCCAACCGGUCGAUCAUAGCGGUCACUGGAGGCAAGUGACCGUCAGGACGACCCAGUGCGGCCAUCUCAUGGUAAUAGUGGGCAUCCAUCCUCAGGAUUUGACCGGCGAACAGCUGGAGGAACUGAAGACACAGCUAAAGGACUUUUUCGAGACGGGAAAGGGUGCGGAUGCUGGCGUCACGUCCUUGCACUUUCAGAUAAUGAACAAGAAGAGCAGCGACGGGUUGAGCGGUGACAAUUUCUCUCACAUAUCUGGCUCGAAGUGCAUAGAGGAGACGCUGCUGGGCAUGAAGUUCCAGGUGUCGCCGCAGGCGUUCUUCCAGGUGAACACGUCAGCUGCCGAGUUGUUGUACAAAGCUGCCAUCGACCUAGCAACACCGAACGAAGACACUGCGUUGCUGGACAUUUGCUGCGGUACUGGGACCAUCGGUCUGGCGUUCUCGAAGCAUUGCGGUGAAGUGCUCGGCCUCGAGGUGGUGGAGGACGCGAUCAAGGACGCCAGGGAGAACGCGUUGGCGAACAACGUGACCAAUUGCGAGUUCUUCGUCGGCAAGGCCGAGGACAUUCUGACGCCGGUGAUCCGCAGAACGACGAAGACCGACAUCGUCGCCGUGGUCGAUCCACCUCGCGCAGGACUUCAUCAACGCGCUGUGUCGACCCUGCGCAAAGCGAACAAGCUGUCUCGCCUGGUCUACGUUGCUUGCGACCCUCGGGCGGCUGCGAAGAAUUUAGUGGAUCUUGCCAGGCCUCCGUCGAAGCAGUACGUCGGCGACCCGUUGGUGCCGGUCAAAGCCGUCCCCGUCGACAUGUUUCCUUACACGAAGCACUGCGAGUUGCUGCUCUGCCUGCAGAGGCUGUCCGUUGCGAUGAGAGCGCACGGGCUCGCCGCUAAAGCCGAGGAGGCCUCCAGUUAGCGACGGGUGGAUCCUCGCGAUCUGUAUUUGCGCUGAUUAGAUUCGGAAAGCUCGGGAGUUGAACAAGCACAAACAACAUCGUUAGGCUAGUCCACGCUUGCCGUAGAGAUUGUGUCGAGUGCUGCGUGCGUAGAAGAUCAGGUGGUCCGAAGGCUGAGCCAUAAUACCCCUGCGCAGUGCUGCAACUCGCGAGCUCUGCAGCGCCGCGACUCGAAUAAAACCAAGCGUCCCUUGUACGCUGAAUCUUGUAAUCUGAA